GCAUGGCUGCGCUGCCCGGCACUGUCCCCAGGAUGAUGCGCCCCGCGCCCGGACAGAAUUAUCCCCGGACCGGAUUCCCUCUGGAAGUCUCCACGCCGCUGGGCCAAGGCCGGGUCAACCAGCUGGGGGGGGUCUUCAUCAACGGACGGCCGCUGCCCAACCACAUCCGCCACAAGAUCGUGGAGAUGGCCCACCACGGGAUCCGGCCCUGCGUCAUCUCCCGCCAGCUGCGCGUCUCCCACGGCUGCGUCUCCAAGAUCCUCUGCCGCUACCAGGAGACCGGCUCCAUCCGCCCCGGGGCCAUCGGCGGCAGCAAGCCCAGGCAGGUCGCGACUCCCGACGUGGAGAAGAAAAUCGAGGAGUACAAGCGCGAGAACCCGGGCAUGUUCAGCUGGGAGAUCCGGGACCGGCUCCUCAAAGACGGCCACUGCGACCGCAGCACCGUCCCCUCAGGUUUAGUGAGUUCAAUCAGCCGCGUGCUCCGAAUCAAGUUCGGGAAGAAGGAGGAGGAGGAGGAGUGCGACAAGAAAGAGGAGGACGGCGAGAAGAAGGCCAAACACAGCAUCGACGGCAUCUUGGGCGACAAAGGUAACAGGCUGGACGAAGGCUCUGACGUCGAGUCGGAACCAGACCUGCCCCUGAAGCGCAAGCAGCGCCGUAGCCGGACCACCUUCACCGCCGAGCAGCUGGAGGAGCUGGAGAAGGCCUUCGAGAGGACUCAUUACCCCGACAUCUACACUCGAGAAGAGCUGGCUCAGAGAACCAAACUCACUGAGGCCCGAGUCCAGGUCUGGUUCAGCAACCGAAGAGCCCGGUGGCGCAAGCAAGCCGGAGCCAACCAGCUGGCCGCUUUCAACCACCUCCUGCCAGGGGGGUUUCCACCGACUGGGAUGCCAGCGUUGCCACCCUAUCAGCUGCCGGAUUCGACCUAUCCAACCGCUGCCAUUUCCCAAGACGGGGGCAGCACCGUGCACAGGCCUCAGCCUCUCCCUCCAUCCACCAUGCACCAGGGCGGGCUAGCAGCUGCCGCAGCCGCUGCAGACUCCAGCUCGGCUUAUGGGGCCCGGCACAGUUUCUCCAGCUAUUCAGACAGCUUCAUGAACCCUGCAGCUCCCACCAACCACAUGAACCCGGUCAGCAAUGGCCUCUCUCCUCAGGUGAUGAGCAUCCUCAACAACCCCAGCGGGGUCCCGCCGCAGCCCCAGGCUGACUUCUCCAUCUCCCCCCUCCAUGGCAGCUUGGACACUGGCAACUCCAUCUCAGCCAGCUGCAGCCAGAGAAGCGACUCCAUCAAGUCCGUCGACAGCCUCCCUACUUCGCAGGCCUACUGCCCUCCGACCUACACCACCACUGGCUACAGCGUCGACCCCGUGGCAGGCUACCAGUAUGGGCAAUAUGGGCAAACUGCUGUUGACUAUUUGGCCAAAAACGUGAGCCUGUCCACACAACGCAGGAUGAAGCUAGGAGAGCAUUCGGCUGUGUUAGGUCUCCUACCCGUGGAAACAGGCCAAGCUUACUGAGGGGGACACUAAAACCAGUUGUCCUACACUUGCAGUCUCCCAUCCAGGAAAAGAAUGAUCCCACCGCUGCCACCAGCCCCACAAGGGUCCAAUUGUACCCAUGCCCUUCUGCUCUUAGAACUCACCUCGACAGACCCUCUCCACACCUCCACUCAAACUGCAAAGAUGACAAGAAGCAAGGAGAACUGUACACUGAAUUUGGACCAAACACACCUGUUAAGAAGCCACUGCUACCUGUGACUUAGACUCCAUCAAAGGCCAGAGACAAUGAGUUUGGCCUGAGGAGUUCUUCAGUGUUCCUUCCCUCCUUGACAACUCUUGAGUCCAGAGGAUGCUCAUGGACCUUCCACUGGCCUAGUCACUCAGCUUAGUCAAGAUGGAAUUUGUUUUCUUUGUAAGGAUGUAUUAUUUCUUUUCCCUCUGCAA